AUCCUAUUACGAAUGAAUGAGGUGCCAGACACCACCGGGCAGCUGUGGUCUGCUGCUGCUGCUGCACCAACACUCCGAGCUUCCCGAGUCGCCGCGGCUGCUGCCUCAUCCACCCCAAAAUGUUCAGCCGGAGCGCCCUUCUCGUCCCUAACCAUGGACAGCAACAGGUGCGAGGCAUGGCCACUCUUAAGGCCAUUGCCAUGCGACUCAAGUCUGUCAAGAACAUUCAAAAGAUCACUCAAUCCAUGAAGAUGGUGUCUGCAGCCAAGUAUGCUCGUGCUGAAAGGGAACUGAAGGUUGCUCGGCCCUAUGGUGCUGGCACCAGUGCUUUUUAUGAUAAGGCUGAAGUGAAGGGAGAGGAAGAGAAGCCCAACCAGCUGAUCGUGGCUUGCAGUAGUGACCGUGGCCUUUGUGGUGCCAUCCACUCAAGUAUUUGCAAGCACAUCAAGGCUGGCUUGGCACAGGAUGCCUCAAAAACAGCCGUCAUCUGCAUUGGAGACAAGUCACGUGCUCAGCUUGCCAGAGUGUUCUCCCAGAACAUUAUUGCCCAAGUGGGAGAGGUGGGACGCAAGCCAGCCACCUUUGAGGAUGCAGCCAGAAUUGCAACUUUCAUUCUUAACUCUGGAUAUGACUUUGGCCAAGGCAAAAUUAUUUAUAACAAGUUCAAGACUGUGGUAUCCUAUGAUACACUUGAGCUGCCCUUCUUCACUCCUUCAGCCAUUUCUGCCGCAGAAAAGAUCAAUGUCUAUGACUCUCUUGAUGCUGACGUGAUCCAGUCUUACAUGGAAUACUCUUUGACAUCUCUCCUGUUUUUCACUCUUAAAGAAGGGGCUUGCUCAGAACAGUCCUCUCGUAUGACUGCCAUGGACAGUGCCAGCAAGAAUGCAGGUGAAAUGAUUGAAAAGUUGACACUGACUUACAACCGCACCCGCCAGGCUGUCAUCACUGGAGAGUUGAUUGAGAUUAUUUCUGGUGCAGCAGCUGUUUAGACAGAAAUAUUCUCAUAAUUUCAGUUUCCUUGAGUUUUUUGGGAAUAUUGCAACUUUAGAUCAUUCACAGGGAGAGAUACUGUUCUAAAAGUCUUGCAAUGCAAUUGAGUAUGGAUUAAAUUUUGGAUAAAUCUUGCAACAUCAAACAAGUAAACUAUGCACUGGAAUUAUUAUUACCACCCCUUUGUUUAGGACCUUCCAUUGUCUUACAAUCUCAGUGAGGAUAUUAAUGUGGAAUGUCUUAUGUGAGCAUGUGUACUGGCAAGAUAGGAAACAGUAGCAAUGGCUUUUUGGUGAGUCAUGAUAGGGAGUUCUCAUUCUCAGCCCAGUAUAUACAAGACCAGUGAGACCUUAGUGUGACUCAUUACACAGCCACAGGCAUAUUGUAGGUGUAUUGUACAGUUGUUAUGUGUAAAAAUGGCAAAACUAAACUUUUGAGUAAU